UGUAGGAGCAAACUUCUUGAACGCAAAAGGGACUUGAACGAACUACGAAGACAGCUUGGAGAAUGUUUGUAUACAAUUCAAUCCUUUUAUAGCAAUACCAACUGGGUUGAAAUGUAUGGACCGAAGCCUUAUUUGGAUUUUGGUAUUAAAGGAAAACAACUAAUGGAAAUAGCCACCCAAGAGGAAGAUACUUGUAUAGACGUACAACACAUAAAUAAAGGCUGCAAAGAUAACAUGUUAGUGGAGAACAAGCUGACAAGUGGCUACCAUCAUGGUCGGGGAAAUGUUAAACCACCAAGAUCACGGGGUUCAAAGACAGGAAAAUGUAGUCAUGGUGGACCGGCCGAUACAAGUCGACGAUUGCCAGCGAAGUGUGGAAUUAAUAAAGAUACAACAAUUGAGAGACUUUCACCACAUUACCAUCUACACGACGAAGCUUAUCUCGCAGCUGUAGCUGCUACAAAACAUUUUUUAAUCGAUAAAGAUACAGGAAUUCUUCAACACCUCGGGAACGAAUUAUUCGAUUUGCUUUUUCAUAUCAAACAACGGAGAAAAGUAUCUUUGUCAUUUGCUGUUGAUUAUUCUGGAUCAAUGGCAUCAGAAAUAGCCGCAACAAAAAAUACAAUAAUUGAACUUGUAACAAGUACACUAGGCUCUGAUAAUGAACCAGCAAACUACGUGUUAUCUUUAUUUAAUGAUCCGGCUUCUCUAAAUAAGGCCUACGUCUUUAGUAGUGGUACAGAAAUGAUACAAGCCAUAUCAAAUGUAUCAGUUCAUGGAGGGGGUGAUUGUCCAGAACUAGCAGCAGCCGGAAUAUUAAAUGCAAUUGAACUAUCUUUACCCGAUUCCACCAUAAUAGUUUUCACUGAUGCUGAUGCAAAAGAUGUAAACCUGAAACCAGAGAUAGAAACAAAAGCUGCAUUAAAACAAAUCAAGGUUACAACACUUAAGACUGGCCUAUGUAGAAGAAGAAAGCGAAAUGCAGAUUCAGCUUACCGAUAUCGACGUGACACAACCUUCUUUGAGAGUGUAGCAGCUAUCACUGGCGGAAAGGUUUAUGAUACAAAUAAAACAGAUAUAGGGAAUGUUUUAGAUGAAGUUAUUAAGGAAGUUUUUCCAACGUCAGAGGUGUUAUUAGAAUAUUUUACAUGGAAAUCAGAGGAAAAUCAAACCAGAGCUGUCUUUGUCGACAAAUCAAUGCAAAUCCUGAAAAUUGUUAUCAAAGGGGCAACGAGGAGAGAAGAAAUUGAUUUUGAAUAUCCAAAUGGGACAAGAGAGACAUUUUCAACACCUACAGCAACACGUAUAUUAACGGAUAAAAACGAUUUAAUUAUGUCUAUACAGAAGCUAUCUCCAGGAAUGUAUUACUUACGUAGAACAAAAAUGUUAUCUUACAAAGUGAACAUGACAGCUCAAAGCUCCAUUGAGGUUGAUGGUGAAAUAAUUGAAGAGAACGUAAAUGGAUCAUCGCUAUCAGUUGAGGGAUCCCCGUAAGUUGGUAAGAAAUACACUUACAUAGUCACGAUUGUAAAUAUUGGAAAUGGCACAUGUACUGAACUUUCAAUUGUGGAUGCGAUUGGAAAUGUGAACAGCAGCUACAAAUCAACUGUGACAUUUUCUGACAUAGAUCUAAUGUGUUCUGCAGAUAUAGUUGUACCAGACAUUACAUUUCAAGUAAAAGUUAGUGCUAUAGAUGAGUCCAAUGCUAUAAUUAUUAGGACUUUACCAUUUGUCGUUAAACCCACUGGCGUUGAGCUGACAAUUACAUCAUAUAGAGAUGACAUUCCACUUGACAAGGAAAACAAAGUCUCAUACAGUAUUAUAAAUACAGGGUCGAAAAAAGAGAUGUACAAUGUUCGUUUCCAUGACGACAAAUCCUUUGCUCUUGGACCUCGCACUCAUUAUCAUAAUCUGAAUUCUGGAGAUAAAGCUAAUGGAAGUUUUAUACUGUUUCCGAAAAACGAUGUCGGAGUACUAACAUAUAGUGUAAUAGCAGAACUGAAUUCAACAUUGGCAAGACAACAAACCAUAACAAAGCGGG